CACGGAGCUGCAGUGCUGCACCUGCGCAACGCUUCGCGGGUCUGUGCUGGAAGUAAAACGACAUUGGGGACAAGUUGGAACCAUCCGACAUGAAGACAUUACCAAGGACAGGAAGCUCCUCAUUUACAUAAAGUUUAGUAUGUACCAGAUCGUUCCAGUGGCCCCAGGGGAGCAGCACCUGUCCGAUGAGACCGGGGGCUCCCCGCUAAAAAAGCGAGGAAAUCAGGAAGCCCGGCCCUUGGUCAUAGCAAGCGUUUUGGGCUGUGUGUUGGUUCUGGCUGCCGUGGUGGCCUGGUGCUACUACUCGGCAUCUCUGCGCAAAGCCCAGCUCAUGAAGACGGAGCUGCUAGAUCUCAACAAGGAUGGUUUUGUAAUUCGGAACCAAGCAGGCACUAUUAUAUUCACCAUGACCUUCAGGUCCUCCACACUGGAUUUAGACUCAUGCUCCAAUGAGGAAAAUAUGCUAAGCUGCACUGAGUCAGAUGCCGGCAAGAUCAACUUUUUUAUCCACACGGUUCGGCUGAAGGACACAGUGAUGUGUUACCGCGUGCGCUGGGAGCCUCUGCAAGAUAAGCGCACUGUGGAACACGCCAUGGCUUGUAAUGGCUCUCACUGGUACGGAGGGGCAGAAUCGGCCACCCAGCACUGGCCGAUCAGCAUCGAGGGCGAGCAGGAACCGCAGCCUUUCAUCACGAGCGACAUCUACUCAAACCGGAAUGCCUUUGGGGGGAUUCUAGAACGCUACUGGCUCUCGUCUAAGGCUGUGGCCAUUAAAAUCAAUGAUUCUGUACCGUUUCAUUUGGGCUGGUCUGAGAAGGACAUGACGCUUCACUUCCAGGCCCGAUACCAAGAUUCUCCAUUCAAACCACUGGAUGGACAGCGGGCCUCACCAGAACUCAGCUACCGAGUGUGUGUGGGUUCAGAUGUCACCUCAAUUCAUAAAUACAUGGUGCGCCGCUAUUUCCCAAAGCCGGUCAAGGUUCCUUCUGUUGAGGUGUUCAAGCACCCGGUGUGGUCCACUUGGGCUCUGUACAAGACGUCUAUCACCCAAGAGAAGUUACUGCAGUAUGCCUCCGACAUCACCAAACAUGGCUUCACCUGCUCUCACCUGGAGCUCGACGACCGCUACACCGCCGACUACGGCGAGUUUGAUUUCGACCCCCAGAAGUUCCCCAAUGCCAGCGGCAUGUUCGACACGCUCCGACAGGACGGCUUUCAAGUGACGCUCUGGACUCAUCCUUUCAUCAACUAUGACUCCAUCAACUUUGGCGUUGCCAUUCACGAUGGACUGUUUGUGCGUGAGCCCGGCGGUGAGCUGCCAGCUCUCGUUCGCUGGUGGAACGGCAUCGGCGGAAUCUUGGACUUUACCAACCCAGAUGCCCGCAACUGGUAUUUGGGCCAACUGACCAAGCUCAAAGCACACUAUGGCGUGACCUCCUUUAAGUUUGAUGCAGGAGAGACAAGCUAUCUCCCUCAACAGUUUAGCACCCUAAUCCCGCUGACCGACCCCUCCACCUUCACCCGCCGCUACACAGAGAUGGCCAUACCGUUUAGUGAGCGGGCCGAGCUGAGGGUGGGCUACCAGAGUCAGAACAUCUCCUGUUUCUACAGGAUCAUUGACAGGGACUCGGUGUGGGGUUACGAGCUCGGCCUGAAGUCCAUCAUUCCCACUGUUCUGACGAUCAGCAUCCUGGGGUACCAGUUUGUACUGCCCGAUAUGAUCGGCGGGAAUGCGUACCCUGACCACAUGACAGGAUCGAAAAAAGACGGGUAUGACCUGCCUGACAGAGAGCUGUACAUCAGAUGGUUGGAGCUGUCUGCAUUUAUGCCUGCUAUGCAGUUUUCGAUACCACCAUGGUUCUAUGACGAUGAAGUGGUGGACAUAGCGCGAAAGUUCACAAAACUCCACGAGACCCUGGUAGCCCCCAGGGUUCUAGAGCUGGCCCACGAGGUGCUGAGCACAGGAGAUCCCAUCAUCAGGCCCCUCUGGUGGAUCGCCAACGACGAUGAGGCGGCUUAUAAGGUCGACUCCCAGUUUCUGAUUGGGGAUGACCUGAUGGUGGCUCCCGUGUUGGAACCAGGCAAGCAGGAACGGGACAUCUACUUGCCUGCGGGAAGGUGGAGAAGCUACAAGGGAGAACAUUUUGUUAAGGGGCCCAAGUACCUCACCGACUACCCUGUUGAUCUGGAUGAGAUUGCCUACUUUACAUGGGUGCACUGAACUUAUGCAAGCAUUCGGACGGGCCUUCCCAUGCUGUUUGUUUCCAGGUAAAUGUGUCCAUGAACACGUGCCAAAUAAAAGCAGCAGUUUUGACAUGACUGCGCUGCCAGCAAUACGACUGUGGAGAAUAAUAGUUUCACUAUUUUGUCACCUCCUUAAAGUGAUGGCCUAAGUCAUUUUGACAAAAUAUUUAUUUGUCUUCAUCUCCUCAUGAAUGAUGCUGGCCACCCCUGCUAAAGUCGGCUACUUCCUUAGUUAAACAGAUCAUUCAAUUUUACUCUUGAAAUAAAAUUAUUAACCGUUUCAUGCACCCUGUAAACCGAUAACAUGAUAAGCUUGCCCCUGUAGUAACCGCUGUCCCUGAAAGGGUUAAUAAAUGUAAUAUACUGUAUUUUUCGGCAUACAAGUCUGAGGGAAAUUUAUUCUACAAAAACAGUAAGAAUAUUACAGCCUGUAUUCGCACCCAAAAUCCCGUUUGGCUCAGUAGGAAUUUUUGAACACCCCCUAUUCAAUUUAAUCUUAUUCUGGAUUUAGGGUUCACUUCUAAUGAAAAAAACAAAACAAAAACAGACACAAACAAAAAUAUGUUGACUGCAGUGAACUAGUUCCAGUUGAACAAAACUUCCACGAACAACGGAAAAGUUUUUCAUUUAAAGUGGCUUAUCUGCCGCCUAUAACAUUUAACUAUAGGUACGAAACACUGAUUUAACAUGCAAGUCAACAGGCACUGGAAUUUAAUGGCUGCUGUACAUGCCUCGCACUGAUCUGCGCUCCAUUUGGACUGCUGCAUGCAGGUCUCAGCCAAAGACUGAAUGAAAUUCAAUUGUAUUGCUCCAUCCUUUUCUCAUGUGCCUUCCAGACAGUCGUAAACAAACUCUGAUCGUGUCAUUGCUGCAGUCAUCCACCCGGUCGGCGGAGGCUUCGUCUCCUUAAAUGCUAACGUACCGCACUGUAAGCUAACCAACGUGUGUCUUUAUCAUCAGUGUUGGCCACUGAACAAGUACUAAGUUCACCCUUUGACUUAAGUCAUUGAUUGAAUGAUGUUAAUUGCUCCAUGUACAGCACUUUGUAUACAGCAAUGGCUGUUUGAAAGUGCUCUAUAAAUACAGUUGAGUUGAGUUGAGAAAUGAAAGGUUAACUGUUGUUUUGCAUAAAUGUUUCAUGUGAUUUUCUUUUCGUAUUCCGCUCUACAUGUCAUCUCGUUUGUGGAUACUUUUAUGAAUGUACAGCAAAUGCACUAAAUAGGGGUUCUCAAAAUGGAUGGGUCGAGGCAUCCCUCGGAGAGGAGACUAUUCCCCCCCUCAAGGAUUUCUUGUUAAUCCGAACAGUGAAUAAAUUCCAAGGGAAAAAAAAGUAAUGUUACAAUGACAAAUUCCUGUUAGUUUCUUAGGGUGGAGGAAUUUCUGAGUACAGUUGUAUAUUUUUCAAGUUCUGUAAUUGCAUAUUUUCAAGUAAAAAGUUGCAACCUUGAAAA